GGAAAAUGGAGGAAAAUCAGGGGAAAUAAAGGAAAGUUGAGGAAAAUUGAGGAAAAUCAAGGAAAGUUGAGGAAGAUUGAGGAAAAUCAAGGAAAGUUGAGGAAAAUCGAGGAAAAUCAAGGAAAGUUGAGGAAAAUUGAGGAAAAUAAAGGAAAGUUGAGGAAAAUUGAGGAAAAUCAAGGAAAGUUGAGGAAGAUUGAGGAAAAUCAAGGAAAGUUGAGGAAAAUCGAGGAAAAUCAAGGAAAGUUGAGGAAAAUUGAGGAAAAUAAAGGAAAGUUGAGGAAAAUUGAGGAAAAUCAGGGA